AUGGUUGCAUCUGACAACCUUCUAGCCGCAUCGACCAUCUCAUCAACGCCUUCGACUUACAUUUAUCCUAACGUUACGCCAUCCUUUCUCGACAUGAACGACACCACGACCACCAUCAAUACCAGCUUCGACCAGACCUCCGUAUUCGACUACUCCUCGACGUCGUAUUACGAGGACAUUUGGGAGGAGAACCCUGCCGAGUUCUGGGUACCCGUAAUCAUCUUCGGACUCAUCUUCGCCAUCGGUAUCCCCGGCAAUGCGCUCGUUCUCUACAUCCUGUUGUUUUCGAGGAAUGCGAGGACGGUGACCAACAUGUACCUGGUCAAUCUGUCCCUGGUGGAUCUCAUCUUCCUAAGCGUCGAGGCACCGGUUAAGAUGAAGGCUUACAUCCUGGUACAUGACCAUGUAGAUCCCGGUGGUACUAGCAUCAUUCUCUGCAAGAUAAGUGUGUUCUUGAUCUAUGUCAACCUGUCUGUCAGCAUCACCACCCUAGCGGCUCUGGCAAUCAACCGAUACUGUGCUGUUAUGCAUCCUGUCAGUACCAGGAUACAGAGGUAA